AUGUCGUUAUUAGAGGAUUUCCAUAGGUACGUGAUGGAGCUGGGCUACACUAUAGCGCAGAACGUGGCGCGUGUGCAAAAUCAUGCCUUCCGGCUACGUGAUAUCAGAAAGGAGAUUAACGACGACAUGAUCAUAGCCAAAAUUACGUCGACGCUGCCGUCGAAAUAUCGUGCUUUUAAGACCACAUGGGCUAAUGUUCCGGAGAGUACGCAGACCAUCUCAAAUUUGCUUGACAAAUUAUUACAAGAAGAAAAGAAUGUACUUAAAGAGGAACAAAUCAGUGAAGGGCUUGCGGCUAUGGUGGUCAAUCCAGCAAAAAGCAUGAGGGACAACGCGGAAAAUAAAGACGGGAAUAAGGGUAAGCAAUUCAAGAAAUCCGAAAAGAAAGGAAAUGCUAGAUGUUUUCAAUGCUCUGAAAAGGGACAUUUUGCAUGGAAAUGUCCGACAAAACCGAAGAAGAAGCCUGCUGAAAAUGGCGGUGCUUCCAGUAGUGCGUUGAGUGACUCCGGUGCAGUGUGCGUGUUUGUGUUCCCGGCCAUGUUUGAUCAUGAGAAUAUGGCGUCGGAAGACACGUAG